AAGAAAAGUACCAGUAGAAGAAUAUUGUUUGGUACACAAUCUUCUCGGUUUUUCAAAACAUUCAGUGAAAAAGCGCGCGUUUGUGAAAAAACUUGUUUUAUUUUGGAUUUAUCUCCUAGCAGAUAGGUUUACAUCAUGCCACGUCGUAGUGAGGCUAGCCAACCGAUACCUUCCAGCUCAAGGAGCCAUCCCUCUCGAUCACAAAGGGCAGAACCUUCCAGCAGUGAAACUCCAGCAGUAGCCGCCGUAGAUCCAGAACUAGACCAACAUGUUAUCAAUAUGGUGCGUACUAUACUCAAUCUUUCUGUUAACAAACAUCCUAUCAAAAAAAUUGACUUGGUGAGAAAUGCCCUCGCCGGAAAUGGACGCCUCUUCGCGAAAGUAAUUCCACAGGCCAUGAACGAACUCAGCGAUGUGUACGGCUACAAGCUUAUCGAAAUGGAACAUAAUAAAACCUACCUUCUGAUGUCCAAACUACCGUGCGCCUCGAUUCUAGAACUCAACGAAGACUACCGACGAAAGUAUACACUACUCUAUCUGGUGCUGGGGUACAUCUUUAUGAAAAAUGGCAGCGUGCCGGAACAGGGUUUGUGGGAUUUCCUCGCGAAGUUACAAAUUCGGGACGAUCAGGAACAUUCCUUUUUCGGAAAUGUACGCAAACUGAUAACGGAAACUUUCGCCAAGCAGGCCUAUCUGGUUCGUGUCAAACAGGUUGUGGAGGGUAUGAAUGAUGAUCGGUUUUUCUACAGCUGGGGUGUGCGGGCCGAGCAUGAGCUAAGCAAGAAGGACAUUCUCGAGUCGAUCUGUAAACUUCUCGGUAAGCCGUCGAUCUGUUACGUUACGCAGUACACAGCCGUCUAUGGUGAUACUAUGAACAGAGAUGAGGAACCAAUGGAAGUGGCGAACGGAGAAUGAUUUGUUUUUUUUUUUCACUGUUGUAUUAGUUUGUAAGAUAGAUUAUAAUAUUAAAUACUGGAUGGAUUUUGUUAAUAAAAGACAUUUCCAUUA